GUUUGUGAAAGGUGGUGCGGUUUUGCUUUUCAAUUUUGUAGCGUCCGAAAUCGUAGGAGUUUUUAUUCAUUAAAUGCAUAGAAGUGUCUUUCGGGAUGAACAGCUUCCAGUAGAAACCUGACUGAGAUGUAGAAACAGAUAUGAAGUAAAAGAAGAGCUGCUAGUGCAUCAUCAUCACAGCCAGAUGUAGUGAAACAGUGAAAACAAACAUUGUUUCAAUCGUAUACUUUUAUUCAAUAUAUUUAUUAUUCGCGUCCAUCGAAGGCAGAGAUCAGUGAGAAAAAAAGAAGAAAUACAAUUUUUAUUAGCGUUCGUAGCAGUGUUUCGCUCAGUGUUGACUUUUGAGGUCAGUGAAAAUGUUUGCUAAUGCAGAUUGCUCCCGUUGCCGCAAAUUAUCUUCAUAGAAAUACGCUUAGUCGUCGUCAUUGGAAGUGAGGAAAAUUCAGCGGGCUGCUGAUAACAAUAAAGACGUCCAGUAGCUAUAAGCAGUCCCGAAAGAAAAAGGAAAAAUCAAGUAGGAAAAGCUCCUGCUGGUGUGUUGGCAGCGCGGAUUAUGAGCUCAAGUCGAUUGCCGAAAUUCUUGAAACCGGAUGACGAUUCAUUUUCGUCAGAACGUGACGCUGCCCCGUCCGAUGAUCACGUAACCUCGUUCGUCUUCAACGCCCACCAUUCGCUCAACCUUGCCGCACAGCGCGAACGUCUUCCGAUCCGGCAGUACCGCGAUCAGAUACUCUACUGUCUCGAGAACUACCAAACAUUGGUGCUGGUCGGUGAAACCGGAUCCGGCAAGAGCACACAGGUACCGCAGUAUCUGUACGAGUUCGGAUGGCACACCAAGGGACUGAUCGGUGUGACAGAGCCCCGGCGCAUAUCGGCCAUAACUCUGGCCGAUCGGGUGGCAACGGAGCGCGGCGAGUUGAGCGGCGAAACGGUUGGCGUGUCCAUACGGUUCGUAUCGAAAUGUAACCCCGAGACGACCAAAAUCAAGUACAUGACCGAGGGUAUCCUGCUGAGGGAAAUGUUGGCCGACCCGCUUUUGACGCAGUACGGCGUGAUCAUGGUGGAUGAAGCACACGAACGCAGUGUGCUGACCGAUACAGUGCUGGGCUUGCUGAAGAAAAUUGCCCGGAAGCGGUCCUCGUUGAAGAUCAUUAUUUCGUCAGCGACGGUGGACGCGGAGCUUUUUCAGCAGUUCUUCAAUUUGAAGAAAAAGAAAGACGAGAAGGAUACUUCGGUCAUACUGACUGUAGAAGGUCGGAUGUACCCGUAUGAGGUGUUCUACUUGGAAGAACCAUGCCCCGAUUAUGUCAAGGCAACAGUAGAAACAACAAUGAAGAUUCAUCGGCACGAACAGCGAGGUGACAUUCUUGCAUUUUUAACGGGCCAAGAGGAAGUGCUCAAGGCACUGGACUUACUACGAGAGCAUAAUGAGGCCAGCGGAAAAGACGAUAUGCUCAUUCUUCCUAUGUAUGGAACCUUGUCAAAUACCGAUCAACUGAAGGUGUUCUUUAGUGCUCCCAAAGGAAUUCGUAAGAUCAUUCUAGCAACAAAUAUUGCAGAGACGUCCGUUACUAUUCCUGGAAUUGUCUAUGUCAUUGAUUGUGGCUUCGUCAAGCUCAACUGGUACUCAGCAGACAGCACCACAAACAGCCUGGUAGUGGUUCCAACGAGUAAAGCAGCCGCAGUGCAGCGUGCCGGAAGGGCAGGGCGCAUCCGAAGCGGAAAAGUCUACCGACUUUAUACCGAAGAAGAAUGGGAUAAGCUUCCAGACCACACACCUCCGGAAAUGCGUCGCACAGAUUUAUGCAGCACCGUUCUUUUCCUGAAGGCCCUCGGAAUAGACAACAUUUUGAGAUUUACGUUUCCAUCACCUCCCCCUGCGAAGAAUUUACUUGCGUCGCUUGAGACAUUGUACGCCUUGGAAGCUCUCGACGCCGAUGGAAAUCUAACCAGCCCCGUCGGAUAUUUCCUGGCAGAAAUGCCGUUUAACGCUAUGCUUGCAAAAAUGCUGUACAAAGCCGGAGAAAUGGGUUGCUCGGAGGAGAUCCUGAUCAUAAUAGCCAUGCUACAGGUCCAAUCUGUGUUUUCCAAACCGGUCAGUGGACAGGGAGCGAUUCGCGCUCGUAUUGCCAAGCGAAACUUUGAGGUCGCAGAAGGCGAUUUGAUCACUUUACUGAAUGUCUAUUUGGCAUUCGUAGAAAACGACCGAACUAAAGAAUUUUGCGGGCAGAACUUUCUGAUUUAUCGGAACCUGAAACGAGCACAUGAAAUAAAAACACAGCUGUGCAGUAUGCUGGAAAGAGAACUGAAUAUUCCGCUACUUUCUUGCAACGGAAAUGUGGAAACCAUAUGCCGGUGCAUUGUUUCUGGAUUCUUUCCGUACGCUGCAUAUUUACAUCAUUCGGGAGUCUACAGAACAGUGAGAGGCAACACAGAGCUCGCCAUUCAUCCCAUAUCCUGUCUGUACACGGAGGAACAGCCCCAAUGGGUAAUAUUCUGCGAGUUGAUGCACACCACCAAACUCUUCAUGAAGGACAUAACAGUCAUAAAGCAGGAAUGGCUCACGGAGCUUGCACCACAUUAUUAUCAUAAGAUCACAGUAAAAGAUAGAUUCAAUUGAAGAUCUUUUGAAUAAAGCUAAAAAACAAUGCAACAAAGAAAAUCAAAUUCAUUAUUACUAUUCUUUAAAUAAGUUAUA